AUGGAAUUUAACGCCUUGAUAUUUUGUGGAAAAGGCAGCAGCCUUUCGCCGUUUUCCAGCGUGAAGGAUACAGGAACAUCAAAGGCACUACUUCCGGUGGCGAACAGACCAAUGAUAGAGUAUGUACUUGAAUGGUGUGACCAAGCACCAUUUAAAACUGUGACAGUGGUUUGCGGUACGGAUGCACUUGUAGGCAUAGGAAGAGUGGUGGAGACGUACAAGGAAAAGAGAGGAGAGGAAUUAAACAGCACGAGCACACUCUCAUGCUUGAGUUCAGGCGGCGCGACGACCGGGUCGGUGUUGAAUGAGAUUAUGAAGACGCAAAAGUUCUUGUACAAGCGGAAUCUUGUGAUUUUACCGUGUGACUUCAUCACGGACGUCCCCCCACAGGUUUUCAUCGAAAUAUACAGGGAGAACAGCGAUGAGAAUCUUGGAUUGGCGGUCUCGUACAAGAACUUGUUCGAGAACAUCGACAGCAAGGUUUUGAAGACCAACUACACGGUUUACGCAAAGGAUGAAAACGGCAACGGAGUUUUGCUCGACAUGUACUCGAAGCCGUUUGUGGCGAUGACGAAAUUUCUCAAGAUCCGGACGCAGAUGCUUUGGCGGUACCCGGAGACUAAGGUGUCGAUGAAGCUGCUUGAUUCGUUCAUAUUCUUUGUGAACUCGAAGCUUUUCGACAUUGUGGAAUCCAAAGGGGAGCAAUUCAUCACAGGCAGGUCGGCAAACAAAAUCAAGCGGGACAUAGCAAGGCGGUCGUGGUCGCACUCUUUGAAAAAGGAAACUGUGGGAUUGUUCAUACUUCCCGAGGGAUCGCUUUUCUUGCGAUGCAACAAUCUCGCAGUCUAUAUGGAGGCUAACCGUUACAUUUUAAAGCAGCAUGCUCGUAUUACAAACAUCGCGGGAGCAAACGCAGCAGCGCAGAAGUCGAAGGAAGGGGGAAAGAAUUCGGCAAACGUGGGUGCGGACUGCAUUGUUGGGCAAAGUACUGAGUUGGGAGUCCGAACUAGCGUGAAGCGAUCGGUUAUUGGCAAUGAUUGCAAGAUUGGAAAGAACUGCCGUAUUUCAGCGUGCAUUGUUCUAGACCACGCUGAGAUCGGCGACGAUGUGCACCUGGAGAAUUGCAUUAUAGGGGAAAAAGCAAAGCUUGAGAGUAGAUGCAAGCUAGUCAACUGCAAUGUGGAAGGAUGCUACAUAGUGGGAAAGGGUGUCAGUCUCAAAGGUGAGACACUGACGAAUAUUUCACUAGAUGAGUUCGAUAACGGGGAAAAAGAGAUCGGAGCUAUCGACUCAGAAGGCGGAGAAAGCGGCUCUGAGGAUGACGAGGCACUCUAUUCCGAAUCAGUCGGAUUGGAUGCGGAAGAUGACGAAGGAGAGGAUGGAGAAGAAGGAGAGGAGUCUUUGGCCGACAGCGCUUCGUUUGACUCCGAGUUUGUUUUCGCUGACUGA